CAAGUGCAUCCAUUUUCGCUUCUGAUUUGGUCGGGACAACUUCAACUUCAGCGGCUCGCUGUGUUCACCAAGCGUAAGGAUGCAGAAACCACACUGCAGGGGAAGGGGGAAGGCUACAGAGAUCGCCAUGGUUGUGUCUUUCGUGUUCCUUGUGUUCUUCAUCGUCGUAAACAAAGAACAGAUAAGCAUACGGUCUGCCUACUCUCCAGAUGUGGAGCGAAGUGUGGCGACGAAGCGGGUGCUGAGAGAAGAAACAAUGGUGGUGGCGACGGAGCGGGUGCUGACGAGAGAAACAAUGGAGGGAGCAGCGCAGGACGACCCGGCCCUGGUGAACUACAUCCGUCACAAUCUCCUCCAGCCGCCCUCCCAGCUACCCUACAACCUCAGUAACCCGACUAAGCAGCACUUCUCACAGUAUGGCCAGUCCCAAUACGUCGACAACGAAGUGUUACAUGGCAUGACAGGCGGCUUCUUCGUGGAGGUUGGCGCCGUGGACGGGGAACAUCUCAGCAACACGCUCUUCCUCGAAAGGAACCGCAGCUGGACAGGGCUUCUCAUUGAGGCUUUUCCAGGGACCUACCAGCAACUGCAACAGAAGCACAGGAAAGCUUAUUCCAUCAACACAGCACUUGCUAUUAGCAACAUUUCGUCAAAAGUUCACUUUCAAUAUAGUGGAGGUCUGGGAGUCUUAAGCCGGAUAAGUAAAAACAGCAGCCAAACAUUCCAAACCACGGCCAUCCCCUUCUACUCUCUUCUGCUGGCGCUCAACAUCACGCAAAUUGACUACUUCUCGAUAGACAUUGAAGGAGCGGAGAUGAAGGUAUUGCGGACUAUUCCUUGGGACAAGAUCAAGAUUCGCCUCAUGUGUGUGGAGAUCAACCACAUCCCUGAGGGCGCCUCUGCUCUCAUAGCGUUCAUCGUCAAACAAGGUUACAAGUUCCUUGGUAUCAGAACUAUUGACGCCUGGUUUGGGUGGCCAGACCUCUUGAACCAAACCAUGAAGAUUACCUAAAUGUAAGAGAGUGCACAAAACAGUGCGGGCCGAGGAAUGCAAGAAUCAAAAGAGUAUGAUGUGCACGAAGUUAUGUAAUAAAUCUAUUUAUUUUUUGUCGGUGUUACGUAUCCAUACUGUAUGAGAAGUACUGAUACAGGAUGAAUAGGAUUGAAUUUGCAUAUAAAAUUCAUAUGUAUAACAUAUUGGAAAUGACUGCAUAGUGUGUAUUAAUAUAUAUUGGUGGCCGAUAUAUGUAGAUGAUAUAUUAGAGUGUGUAGGGUAUAAUAUAUUAUAUUGUAUAGUGUAUGAGAGAGAAUGGCUUGCACUUGGUGGACAGGUAUUAGUCAAGUACAUGUCCUGUCUGCUCCGGUGCAAUGAGGAGGUCAGAGCCGUGUCCAGUGGGCGUUGCCAGCAUGUUGAACCAGUAAUACAUAAAUAGUCAUUUAAAUAUGUUGACCAAUCCACACACUAGAAAAUAAAGGGACGACGACGUUUCGGUCCGUCCUGGACCAUUCUCAAGUCGAUUGUGUCAACAUACUUCAGCCACGUUAUUGUGACUCAUCGUCGUCAUUUAAAUAAUUUAAGAAUGCUUAUGUUUUUAGUUCUUAUACCAGAAUGUAUGAAAUAUUAUGUUAGUAUGAUUGUGUCUGUUUGAAAGUGGUUACUUUCGUAUGUAGUGUGUGAGUAAAGAAUUAUUGAUCAGAUGUGGUAACUGAGGGGAAGUAGAACUCUGCUCACGUCGCCUCAAGCAAGUGGUGGUCUGUUCUAGUUUAUUUAAAGUUAAAUCAAGUGAUUAUUUUCUUGUUCUAGUGUAGGUGAUAAUUAUCUGAGGAGACAGACUUACUGAUAGAAGCCAUAUAAAGACUCGAGUGUAUAGAUAAUUGCAGUGAUUGUGUUAUACCAUUUAAAGAGGAAUUUAUAUAUAUCUAAAAUAUAUAUAUUUUAUGCAUCACGCAAUUGGGAUUUCCGUGUGUAUAUAUAUAUUUACUUUUUAUAUGCAUUUGUUUUUACUCUUUCGUUUAUUAAAUCGUUACUACCAGGAGCAUAUUGAUGUGCCUAUUAA